CUCCGCGAAACCAUCCUCUUAUUCCCACUCCUCCUUCGGAGCACCUGUCGUGCCAGGGAGUUCGGCGCGUUAGGGGCGUUCGCCGGAGGUAAGUAGACGGCAGGUUAUCAGUCCGCAGAACAUCUUCGUCGCGAACGGAACAGUAAACCAGUGUGGUUGCUCAUUCUUUCGUGGUGGAGAGACACAGAGGGAGAAAGAGACAGAUCGAGAGAGAGAGAAAGAGAGAGAAAGAGCGAGAGAGAGAAAGAAAAAGGCAAAAAGAGAAGUAAAGAAGGAGGAGGCAGUGACAGUGGAGGAGAGGACAAAUUGAACGUAACACGUCACGCAGGCCUUUUUGGCGGAUACUAUUCGUCGUCGCCGUUACUGGUACCAUUAUCGCCGAUACUCUUAGCCGCGCAUCGAUCGCGAUCAAACACGGGAGUUUGAUUUCUCGCCUGAUCCCCCUUUUUGCCCGGCGACCGCCUUUCCCACGGGAAAAAUCGAUCGGUGGAUCGAGGCUCUGUGAUCUUACGUCCUUUCCGUCGUUGAAUGACCAUUGAGCGAACGGCACCCGCGGAUAAUCACGACCAUCGAAUCGGAUCGUUCGGCCCAGUUUUCCGGUCCGAGUGUGCCGGUCGAAACCGAUCGUCGACCGCAUAGUUCCGCGAUCGCGUCGAUGGUAACUGCCGUUCACGGUCCCGGCCGCCGGUGAAAUUGUGUUAAAAGUGACGGAUCCCGUGGGCCACGUACCAGCAGGAACGUUCGUCCGGCGAGGAACAACACGCGAGAACGAUCGUCGCCCGAUAAACGGUGUUCUCCGUCGAUCGCACGGUGAUUUAAACGCGGUAUCCGACGAUCGGUGCGAGCGCAGCCGCAGCAGAGCCAAGGAAGAAGGGAGAGAGAGAGAGAGAGCGAGAGAGAGAGAGAAAGAGAGAGAGAGAAGCAUUCCGAGGGGUUGAAACGCGAAAGGAAGGAAGGCGGAGCUGAUAAGGCGAUAACGCGGCUGCCGGGAUGCGGCACGAGGAGCCGCUAAGCUGCAGCUAACACGUGGCGACUCCGCACGCACUCCGCGAUCGCUAGAUAAGCGUAUCUCAUCGUGAGAGGCUGGGACCUCCAGGAUGCCAGGGGUGUGGAGGUUGCUACGUAUGAUGAUCUAUAUGGUGGUUGGCUUGAAGAGAGUCGGUAGCAGCAGCGACAUUUGGCCGCUGGAGAGGCCAGAAGGGAUGCCGGCCAUACAAUCCCUCGAAGUGAUGUGCGGAAAGGAUCACAUGGACGUGCAUCUAUCGUUCUCCCAACCCUUCGAGGGCAUAGUCUCGUCCAAGGGCCAGCACGCUGAUCCCCGAUGCGUCUACGUUCCGCCUUCGACCGGGCAGACUUUCUUCUCCUUUCGAAUAGCCUACGCGAGAUGCGGUACCAAGCCGGACAUGCACGGUCAGUUCUACGAGAACACCGUUGUCGUGCAGUAUGACAAAGACCUGCUGGAGGUCUGGGACGAAGCCAAGCGGUUGCGAUGCGAGUGGUUCAACGAUUACGAGAAAACAGCCUCGAAACCGCCGAUGGUGAUCGCGGAUCUCGACGUCAUACAAUUGGAUUUUAGAGGUGACAACGUGGAUUGCUGGAUGGAAAUUCAACACGGCAAAGGACCAUGGGCGCCGCCGGUUUCCGGAAUAGUACCAUUGGGCUCGACGCUCACCCUGGUCGUCGCCAUUAACGAUUACCGAGGGGAAUUCGACAUGCGUGUCAAGUCGUGCGUGGCCUCCGACGGCGGCGGACACACGAUACAGCUCAGCGACGAGUUCGGAUGCGUGCUCAGGCCGAAGAUGAUCAGCCGAUUCCUGAAGGCGAGGGGCUCCGACGAUCGGGCGACAGUCAUCACUUACGCCUUCUUCCACGCGUUCAAGUUCCCGGACGCGUUGAGCGUGCACAUCAAGUGCAAGGUGGAGAUCUGUCGUCGCGGCUGUUUGGAUCAUUGUCAACUCAGUGGGUCUGUUGGCCAUUACAUUCAAGAGCGGAAGGAUCAGAUACGACCGCAAUACUCGCAGACCACGGCACCGCCCACCAUUCACGAUGACGACAAUAACAGCGCCGAGAAGGACAACGAGAACGCAGGAGGUGGAGCCGAGCAGCCUGAUGGCUCCCUUUACGACGAUAUCAUUCAAGAUGGUGACGAGAUGACCUCUAUAGGAGGUCACUUCUUGGGGGUCGAGAAGUCAGCACCGAAGGCACAGGCGCAGACGAGCAACCGGCUACCGGCGCCAGUCGUUGAGACGCCUGAUGAGGAGAUACAUCCGGACGAUGAUGAUCUCUCGAGACCGUUCUUAGAUCCCCCAAGGGUGACGCGAUACGAGAGCGACCAAGAACAAUUCCCGCACGGGCCGCGGAACCUGGAGGGCGACAACGUGGCGGUGCCAGUGACACCUCUCACGUCUCCGAACGGCAGACGAAAGAGGUCGGUGGUCGUGUCCGAUCGUAAGAUCCGCAGCGCCGACGUCGGCGUGAGUGGUUUAUACGAGGUGAUCUCGGAGGCGGAUCUGGCCUUCAGCCCGGACACUCAUGCGGAAGCGGUAACGGUCUUCCAAGGCAGGAUCCGCGAGGAGGUGGUCUACGGUAUCUGUCUGCCUAUGCCCGGGUUCAGCGCGCUCUUCAUCGUCGUGGCCCUAUCUGCGGUGAUUUCCGCGCUGGUCGCCGGCGCGAUGCUUCAUCGGCUGCAGGCGCAACGCGAGGCCGUCGACAGCAGAAAGAACAAUAGAGCGGUGCACACGACCAACGGUUGGCUACCAUACGGGCUGCUGCGCGUGCGAUGCACGACGAGACCGGCUCACCCUGAACAGAUCCAACCAAAACAGACGAACUCGGUCGCCGCGAGCCCCUCGGUCGAAAGGGGUUGACAAGCGUGUCCGCGACAAUGAUUGGCCUGUGCUCGCCACCUCGAGAGACGACGUGCAAUAAUAUGCUGUACAAAUUACUUUAAGUGCGUACGAUUGCGCGCGAGAGUUCUCUCGCGGACCAUUGUUCCGGGAUAAUACUUCCUUCCAGAGAAACAGAGCGAAAGAGAGAAAGAGAGAGAGAGAGAGAAAGAGAGAGCGUGAGCCGCGGAGAGAAUGAGACGAGGAGAGAAAGUCGAACGGUGCGCUUGGAAUCGAGCUCCUUGUAGAGACUAAUUACUUUAAUAGGUGUUUAAAUGUGGGUGUCUUUUCUUAACGGAUUCAGAAACUGAAACAUACACGAUGAUUUCGUUUUUGGCUAGUAACUGUUGGUAUUGGGUAAGUAAGGUGUUAGGUGGAAUUCAAGAGAUUUAUGAAAGAGAGAGAGAGAAAGAGAGAGAUAGAGAGACAGCCGACGCUGUGAAUAUUGUAAAAACUCUAUAACCAUGAGAUUGCGGAUGAUACUGUUAGGAAACCGUGUUUCUUCGAUCGACGCGACGUUCAGCAGAUCGAACACGGCCGCAGCUGGAUGACGCUGCUUUCAACGGGUACAUCGCUUUCCUUAGAUAAUUUAAGAACGGAAAGGAACGCAUUAACACACUUUGAAUCUUGUAGAAUAUAACAUAUGCGCGAGUAAUUACGAAAGGGAUCUAAGCGCUUGAAGAAUUUCUUACCAUCUAUAUAUAUAUACAAAAUAUAUUUAAAAAAUAUAUAUAUAUAUACAUAUCUGUUUGUAUUAGAUCACUUUCAUAAUCGCCGGCAUAUACAUAUGUAAACUACCGCGAUUUACGAGAAUCUAUUUUCUGUACGUAAGUCAUCUAUAUAUCUUAUAGAUUUAUACAUAUUUAAUUAUUGAUUUACUAGGGAUGCUGCUAUGGAUAUACACUUAUAGACCCGCAAGUUAGAAGAGACUAGGAAGUCCCGGGUUGUUCUUAGGAUCAACCCUUCUCCGAAAUAGUAGUUUUUUGCUAUGCGACGAGACGUAAGAUCGUGGGGAAACCUUGUCGGGAAUACUUCUCCGGUUGGUAUCGCGCGUCGGUCGCAGGUCUUUUCUAACUUGGCGAGCUAUAGCAAUUACGAUUGAAAACGAAUAAAAUAAAACAGUUAGUACAAACGAACAUUGUAAUUUAUAUUUAACAAAGUUUCGUACGGAAUACUCUGGAAAUUAGAGAGUGCUAGUAUUUAUUAUCGCAUGGGAGGUUGAUUCUAAUAAAUCGAAUUGUAUAACUAACUUUAAUGGUGCUCGUGCAUCGAGAGAGAGACGCGUUAUCAUAGGAUACGUCAUCUGUAGACAUCGUUUAACGCCUAAACAUUACGUCGAAGUAACAGCACCUCUAGAAUUAGCCCCAAAGAGGCUGAGAGUAACAAUACCUAAUUGAGCAUAGGAAAGAGACGGUGAAUUCUUUCGAGAGAGAGCUUGAAGAACGCGUUGCUGGGACGAUCGAAUCUCUCAUAUAUUUUCAAUAAUGUAUAUCUCUGCGUAGGAUAAUGCAAGAGCUCGAUAUAUUUUAGUGGAUACCUCGAUGCAUUUUUAACCUUCCGUUGACACGUUACGACAACAAUUAUAAUAGCUGUAACAGUA